AUGUUUGAACCUCAGACCUUUGCCCAUCUCAUCCACCAACCAGUACCGUCCGCGUCAGCCCCAUCCGGGCCUGCUCUCUCAGCGAGUCCAGAUGAUACUCGAGGCAUCUUGGUUUUGAUGCAGCAGGCUUUGGUAAUGCUCUGGGGAGGCGAUCAUCGAUCAAGAUUUGGACGCGGUUGCACCACUUUGAAAACCCGCACCGCUGUAGCCCCUUCCUGCUUUCAGUUUUCCAACUCAACAUGGACGCAAAGGGUGCUGAGCAGAGAAGUGGCAUUCCACUUUGACCAUGCGCGUGGCUUAGUGCUUCCGAAUUUCUCUGUUUUGGAAUUGGAGGGCGUGUUCAAAAAAUGCCUUAGAGAUCUGCUGACGGCGUGUUUUUGCUCUGGGCCGCAAACUAAUGCAUUGAUCUGGCAAUAUGGAAUCCCUCCUCGGCAAGUCUACGUUUUCAGAAGUAGCUUUGGACUUUCCUUGCUACUCCUUUCAGUGGCUGCGGCGUUAAAGAAGUGCACCGUGUUGUCCGCCAGCUUUCUUGCUCUUUGCUUGUCAGUCCUCACGAAGACUCCGACUGCCCGUUUGGCCUACUUUGAGCAAGCAGCAAUCCAGAUUCAAAGAUGGUGGAAGCACAGCAGUGCCAUGAACCUCCAUCGACGUCGGAGGAAAGCAAGUACAAAAAUCCAAAGACUCGUUCGAAAGAAACGUCAAGCCAAUCGCGUCCGUGCGGCUAUUCAAAUCCAGCGAAUGUGGCGCUCACAAUGUAGUCGGCACAUUCUCACAGGAAAGAAUGCCCUUCAGGCAUUCCCCCAGACAUUCAAUGCCCAGCUCCGAAUCUGUUCAGCGCUGUACUUGGGAUGUUUUGCUUGUGUGGUCGUUGGAAGCACACGAGAGAUAUGGCUGAGGGCUCUGACUGACACGACAAGAAGCGCUGCGGUGGCGUGUCAGAUUGCAGGGAUUCGGUCUGUCUUCAAACAGUUACGCGCUAAGCAAGAAGCUGCCCACAGAAGGCACACCCAAGCGAUCAUUGCACUCCAACGCAGCUUUCGUAGGAAAAGGGCAUUGGCCAAGUGGAAAACCAAGCUAGGAAUUGGAGAUUCCGAGAAAAAGUUCCGUGAAGGGAUUGAAAUUGUCGAGGACUUGCUGGGAAAACUGAAAUUGCAGUCUAACGAUGACGUUGUCAGCUUAGGUCAAGGCAGCGACAACAACAGUACUGGCAGUGAUCUGUCGCCAGUUCUGGUUGAUUCCGACGCCUGGCAAGGAGUUGUGGAGGAGUGGAAAGAAUACGCCGCAAGAAAUAUUCAACGGAAGUGGCGUUCGAAGCGGAAUAAGGCCAAGGCCACGAUUUCGAUACAGUCGCGAUGUCGCAGGUUCCUCAACAGGACACACUACUUGAAGUGUUGCUCCGCAGCUGUUUCGAUCCAGUCUCGAUAUCGCAGUUUCGUUGGCAGAAAACGAUACUUGGCAGCUCGUGCAGCUGCUUUAGCAAUCCAAGAAUUUCUGUGGACCCAUUUUUUUGCAGCAAAGAGAGCCCAACUGAUCAAAGAGACGCUCAAGGAACUGGUUGACCGCCGCCACGAGAUUUUGUGUUCCGUGUCGUCAGUUGUUUUGCAAAGAUGGUGGCGUUUGGUACUGGCACGAAAGCUGUACCAAGCAAUGAAGAAGUAUGGAGCGGGCAUCCGUCUCCUUCGCUCCAUUCAGGAGCGUAACUCUGCCUCACGCAUCCAACGAUGGUGGAGACUUUGGAGGGCUCGAACGAGGGCGUUGCUAUCCAUGAGUGGCUCUCUGUCGUACUCGGACUCCUUUUCCGCGUCUUCCGUCAUUGAAUCGUCAGUCCAAAUUGCCUUUACAACUUCUGCCGUUGAGCACACGGGUGAUGGUGAUGUUGACGGAGGGAGGACCUUGAAACCAGGAAAGAAGACAUGGUGCGGCUUUGAGGUUUUCCUCUCUCCUAGCUAG